ACCGUGACGUAAUGGACGUCUUGAAAUUUCUUGGACAGUUCCCCAACAAACUUGACUGUAAAACUUCCAGCUGUUGUUUUUAAGGAAGUAAAUGCGCGUCGCUGGUGAACAACGACGCUUUAAAACAACAACAACAACAAAAAUAACUUGACUGACUUGGCGUAAUACCACAAAAAACAACGCAAAUUUGGUCCAAUGAUGCUAACAGGUUGCUAACAACAGAUGGCUGGGGAACCACCUGAGAUGACCCAACUUGGAGGUGAAGGGGAGAUGUCGAAGGACGAAACAGACGCCAAACCUGACCGCAAGGGGAGGUUUUUACUCUUUGGCAAGAAGAAUAAGGAUGGCCAGACGUGGGAGCAGGACUACUCUUCUGAAAGCCAUUACAGAAUUGUCUCACCAACAUUCCAGUAUAAGAUGAACCACCGGCGAGUGGGCAAGUGCAUCAUCAUCAACAACAAAAACUUUGACGAAAAAACAGGGAUGAAUGUACGCAAUGGGACGGACCGCGAUGCCGGCGAGCUGUUCAAGUGCUUCAAGAAUCUGGGCUUCAACGUCUUCAUCUACAAUGAUCAGACCUGCGAGAAGAUGGAGCGUCUCCUUCGGGAGGCCUCGGAGGAAGACCACAGCGAUAGCUCGUGUUUCGCCUGCAUCCUGCUCAGCCACGGCGAGGAGGGCAUGAUCUACGGCACGGAUGGCGCCAUGCCCAUCAAGACCAUGACCUCACUGUUCAGGGGGGACAUGUGCAAAAGCUUGGUGGGGAAGCCCAAACUAUUUUUCAUCCAGGCCUGUCGGGGUUCUGAAUUUGAUGAUGGCAUCCAGACAGAUUCAGGUCCACCAAAUGACACCCUUGAGACAGACGCCAAUCCAAGACAUAAGAUUCCCGUCGAGGCUGAUUUCCUCUUUGCCUACUCCACUGUACCAGGUUACUACUCGUGGAGGAACCCCGGGCGUGGCUCCUGGUUCGUCCAGGCGCUGUGCAACGUCCUCAACGAGUUCGGCAAGCAGCUGGAGAUCAUGCAGAUCCUGACGCGCGUCAACUACAUGGUAGCCACCAGCUUCGAGUCGUGGUCCGAGGACCCGCGCUUCAGCGAAAAGAAGCAGAUCCCCUGCGUGGUCUCCAUGCUCACCAAGGAGCUCUAUUUCAACUGACCACCACCACUCCCGUCUCUUCAGGGAUGGAUGGAGCAGUCCAAGAAGCAUUCAGGGAUCAUUCCGGCCCAGCGGGAGCAAGUGCUGCACUUUUUAGCGCACGUGUUGAUUGGGCCCGAAAUGGAAUGUUUUAUAGUAGCACUGCGCUUUCACGUGUUGCUAGUGAAACCCCCCCCCCCCCCCCCCUUCUUCAGGUUUUUCCUCACAACAAUGGCGUCACAUUUGAUCGGAUCUUUGUCGGCAGGCAUUGUGAGAUAUGCAUGUUCUUCUACUACCACUCAACUUUUGUUCCCGCACUUGUCGCUGCCACUUCCUUUUCCGAAUACUCUGCACCUCUUCAUUUUCACGCUCAUCAUUUCCGCCACAAGAAUGUGCUUUCGAUCCUGUUCAUGCAUUCGGCUACAAAUUGAAGACAAAAUAGCAUCUUAAAGUUCAUACUACCAUCCUCAGGUUCAUUCGUGUCUCCAAAAGUGGGUAAAUGUAGUACGUAUUGUAAAUGCUACAGUAUAUUUCCAUGCUGCGUGUACAUGGAAAGAAAAUGGUCAGCUUUGUGGAUCAUAUUCAGAUCACCACAACAUAACCGUAACAUGAUCAGAAAUGAUACAUACAGUGGAUAUACAAAAUCUACACACCCCUGUCCUAUUGCAAGAUUUUCGUGAUAUGAAAAAAAUAAAGUAAAAACAUUUCCAAAUCUAUUAAUGUAAUCAACCUGUACAACUCUAUUGGAGAAAAAAAAAUAUUUCAAAAAAGUAAGUAAACAAACGUCUGAGAGAAUAUAACAUAUUCCCUAUAAGAGGGUUGUGGCUGGGAUGUGAAUUAACCAAUAACAUUCAAACUUCACUCAUCUCACAGUAUUUAAAUUGUCGCUUAUUAAUUCAAAAUUCAGUUCAGUUGUUCUAAUAGGCUUUCACGCAGUUGUACAGGUUAUGGCCAGGUCACAUUAACGCAAAAUAUUUUUUAUUUCAAAAUGAAUGUGGAUUUUUUUCUACAUAGCACUCCUGUAACAGAACCGAAAAGCAUUAAAAUAUAAUAACAUUGUACUAACAAAUCAAUUUUAAAAUCACAGUGAUGGUUCAGGUUCUCCUGACUAUACCAUAAUUAACUACCUCCCUCAUUGUUAUAAU